UCCUACAUUACCUACUAACACUACUGCUGUAACACCACCAUCUACAACAACAGCCACUACACCGGCUUUCAUUGUGUACACGGGGCCCCCUCCAACCCCCUCCCCUUCACCUAUGCCACAGGAAUUAAAGACAACUACAACAACUACCACUUGUUUCUGCAUAUACAAUAAUGUAAAAUACCCAGCAGGGUCAACUUUUAACCUACUUGAUAAGUGUUAUUCUGCUUAUUGCAACUCAUCUUGCUCUGUUGUACAACAGAUUAAUUUUGACAACAGCACGACAGACGCAUGCACUAUUAAAACAUGCAAAAAUGGAACGGUCACAUCAAAUCCUGUGCAUUGCGACCCAGUUGUAAUUCCUAAAUGUGUCAACGGCCUUGGACCUGUGAAGGUGUAUUAUAACAACCGGUGCUGCUAUAAAUAUGAGUGUGACUGUUUGUGCAAGGCCUAUGGUGACCCUCAUUAUAGAACUUUUGAUGGACAAUAUUAUACUUUUCAUGGAAACUGCACUUAUGUGUUGAUGGAAGAAAUCAUCCCGACAUACAAUAUCAGUGUUCAUCUUAAGAACUAUUAUUGUGAUGUUGUAAAACGUAUUGCCUGCACCCAGUAUGCAAUUGUUUAUUACAAGUCCUACAAAAUCCUGCUGAACAGCACUGAUGAUAAAGUGGUCCAUCUUAUUGCUUAA